AUGGGCCUCUUGGUCCAACGGACUGUGAUGAAUAAUCCUGGGUUAGAAAUUAAACACUUUGUAAUCCUUGGAUUGUCCUGCUUGUUGAGGAUCCCCAGGCAAGCAUGCUUAAAUUGUCAUGUGUGCUCUUUCGUCUCGGCCACCUACAUUCCUUCCAGAUUGAGAAAGACUCGGAAACUCCGGGGCCAUGUGAGCCAUGGCCAUGGCUGUAUAGGCAAACACCAGAAGCAUCCGGGAGGCCAGGGUAAUGCUGGUGGCAUGCAUCACCACAGGGUCAACUUCGCCAAAUAUCACCCAGGUUACUUUGGGAAGGUUGGUAUGAGACAUUAUCACUUGAAGAGGAACCAGAACUUCUGUCCAACUGUCAACAUUGAUAAAUUGUGGACCUUAGUUAGUGAGCAGACAUGGGUAAAUGCUGCUAAAAACAAGACUGGAGUUGCUCCCAUCAUUGAUGUGGUGCGAUCGGGCUGCUACAAAGUUCUGAGGAAGGGGAAGCUCCCAAAGCAGCCUGUGUUCAUGAAGGCCAGAUUCUUCAGCAGGAAUGUUGAAGAGAAGAUCAAGGGUGUGGGGGGAGCCUGUGUCCUCAUGGCUUGA